UCAACUGGAUUACUUCCAGUGUUUCUUACUCCUUAAUCGCAUAAGGCGUGUAAUGCAUUUGGCAAACAAUGGUUCUUCAAGGCAUGCUGAAACAGAUUACUUAUUUUAUUACUGGAUGUAUUUAUAUUUUUGCUGUAAUUUAUUUACCGUUUUUAACUUACAUAAGCAGUUCAGAAUCCAGAGGUGUUAACCAGAACGGCCUUUAUUGGACACAAAAUUCAGAUACUUGUGAGAUGCAAAUUACUCAACUAGCUGGAGAAAAUGAGAGGCUUCUGAAAGAAUUGAACUUUUACAAAUAUGAGAACAAGGAAUUGCAUUCUCACUUAAGUUCUCUGUCUGGCCAAUGUGGAACUUCUUCCGGUUGCAGAUCCGAAAGUCUUUAUUACCCUGCAGGUCAUGUCUGGUAUCCAGAUCCAUGCACAACAUGCAGAUGCGAGAAUGGCAAUACAAACUGCUACCUAUCUCACCACUCUGCAGAAUGUUUACUGGAAUGCAAUGAAAACACAUGCUUAAACGGGGGAAUAUGUCAUCGUGCAUCAGCCAAUCAUUCAGUGCAGUGCAUCUGUCCAGAUGGGUUUUCAGGUCCCUUGUGCGAGCAGUCCAUAUCAAGUUGUACCGCUGUCAAGAUGGAGGGCAAUUGUGUCGGUCAUCAAAUUAUAUGGUACUUCGAUUCUUUUUCCAAUCAGUGCAAGUCAACCAACUCAGGGUGUUUUCUGCCGGGAACGACAUUUUCAUCCUUUGAAUCAUGCUCUUUAUCCUGCAUGCAAGGAACUUGUUGUUAUAGAAUGAAAAUAGGAGAUAUUCACGAUAUGGUUUGUCAGGCUGAAACAAUGACAAAUUGCCAAAUGUUAUGCCAAGUAGACGAUGUUGAAGUCUUGGGAUUUUAUCCGGGUAUAAAAUGCCCUGAAAAUGGCUGUGCUUUCAUUGCUUCGAAGUUCUGUCACAGUGGUAUGUCUUUGUAUAGCCCAGGCUCUACAUUUUCCUUUGGAUGUGACACAUGUGAAUGCCUUGAUGACAACCUUUUGUGCAGUUGUCACGCAUUAAGUAUGCGGAGAGAAAUUCGAGAAUUCAGCUCUACGGAACGAAUAGAAUAUCAGAAUGCAGUAGCCCGUCUUCUACGUGGCGGAGAGAAGAGCAUCUGGACAACUUUGCGGAAUCUCUAUGUGACACAUAUAAUGCAUGCUAAUUCUCCUAUGUACUUUUUGUUCUGGAAUCGAAUCUUUUUACGAACCAUGGAAAGAUAUUUACAAGAAUACAGUUGCUCCCUCACAAUACCUUACUUCGACUUCACGUUAGACUCUGGGAGCUUCUCAUCAUCCCCCAUCUGGCGUUCAGAUUUCUUUGGAUCUCCUACAUCAGAUCCCAGUAACUGCGAAGAAUAUUUCAUCGUGGGAAGUGAUACUGCUUGGACGCCAUGCAUUCGGAGAGAGCUUAAAAACAAUGUAACUGCUCCAACGAUGGUUGAUAUCGCCUUAGCAUUAGCGGAAUCAGAUUUUUUUGAAUUCACUGCAACAGUUCAAGGAGUUUCUGAAUAUUUGCAUCACAUGAUUGGUGGUGCUAUGGAAACAACAAGUAGCCCUCAUGAUCCUAUUUUCUACUCAUUACACGCGUACAUUGAUCUGUUAUUCUGGAAAUGGCAGAAUCGACAUUUUUCUGCCGAAGGCAAAGGAUAUGCGACUAAUAUUUUGCAUUCUAAUUUGGUCCCGUUCAAUAUUCAAGUACAGUUUCUUAUUGAUAUCGAAGAGUCUCUUUGCUACACGUAUAGGUCCACUCCUCCUCUUCAAGAAAAUUAUAAUAACGUGAAUGAUUAUGGAUGUGAUAGGGAGACACUUGAUCCAGAUUUAUUGCGUUCUUCUGAAGCGACAUCGUAUUCUUCACCUAAUUGCUUUGAAAGCAAUGUUAAAACAGUCUUGUAUGCAGGUCAAAAAAUCCAAUCUAUACUGUAUAGCCAAGAAGAAAGUUUCUUGAAAAAUUUGCCUCGUACUUGUGAGCACAGGAAUAUCUCAAGAAAUGUUAUUAAUGAAGCUUGGGGUGUGCAACCAGAUGAUUUCGCAGUUUCUAAUUUUAAGCCUGUAGACUGGACAACAGAGUGGAGUGACCAGUUUUGUUUCACUGCUGAUAUAUUUCUUCAUCCACAAGAACAUAAUCCUGCUGGGACUUCUUGCAGCAAUAAUUUUGAUAACCAGUUGCAGAUACCUAUUUGUGAUGAAUCAUCUCUAUUAAAAUGUCCGUACUAUACGUAUGUACCUUGUAAACUAUCACUUUGUGGAAAUUGCUCUUUGAUGUGUCAUGUAAAUGGUCAAGAUAUAGACUGCAGUGACGAGAAAACAGAUUUUUGCAAUCCAAAUCCUUGCAAAAAUGGUGGGCUGUGCAAGCCAUCUGAAUGGCCUUCCUUACCACAUCUAGUAACAUGUGAGUGUUCCCCGGGUUUUGAAGGCGAAUUUUGUGAGCAUGCUUCAACGCAUCGCUGUUCCCUUCCGAAAGAUUCUGGAAUAU